AUGCGCCUCAUCAACACAUCCACUCUUCAGCUAGAGGACUUCCUGGGCGACGAAGUUCCGAGUUAUGCUAUACUAUCACAUACUUGGACAAAGGAGGAGGUUACGCUACAAGAGUGGCAAAAGUCAAAGUGGGCAACGAGGUCGAAAGCGGGCUAUAAGAAAGUGAGAGCUGCUUGUGCUGUCGCCAAAGCGCAAAAUCAUAAGUGGCUGUGGGCCGAUGCAGUGUGUAUUGAUAAGACGAGCUCGGCAGACUUGUCUGAGGCCAUCAACUCUAUGUAUGCAUGGUAUCGCGAAUCAGCAGAGUGUUUUGCGUAUCUGGUCGAUGUCGAUACCCGAGUGCGGGUCGGCAACCAAGUGCAGGCAGAUGUCACCAAAUCACGUUGGUUCACUCGAGGAUGGACGGUACAGGAACUACUGGCGCCAUCUCAUUUGACGUUCUAUGAUAAACAAUGGAAGCGACUCGGCACCAAGGAGCACUAUUCCGAGGCUAUUGAGGCUAAAACAGGCAUCGACUCGGAAUUCAUGGUUCUCUAUGACGAUGAACGGCACGGAAUUCCAGUUUUCCAGAGAAUGACAUGGUUCGCCGGGCGAAAAACCACUCGAAUAGAAGAUGUGGCCUACUGCAUGCUCGGCGUUUUUGAUAUAAACAUGCCGCUUCUUUACGGCGAGGGCAGGAAAGCUUUUAUGCGGUUGCAGCAUGAGAUAUUGCGCAAACAAAACGAUCAUACCAUCUUUGCCUGGGUAAACUCUCGACCUUUUCUUACUCGAAGGGUUUUAGCAACCUCCUCAGAAGCUUUUGCUGACUUCAGGGAUCUGAUGGUCGCAAACCUCCAAAACUUCUGGUCGAGGAAGGCUCCAUAUCACAUGACCAAUAUUGGAAUUUCCAUACGUCUACCUCUGCUUCGAACAGCCAGGGACCUAAUUGGGUUUCUCGAAGUUAAAGCAUGCGGCAUAGAUGAAGAAGUUCCCGGAGUGGAUCCCCGCGGGCUUUGUGUUAUGGAGAGUCAAUUAGCCAUUGUGCUUCAGGGGGGUGAUCGUGACAAUUUUUCAGAGUCUCCUCGAAUUUUAUCACGAGCUUUGAACCCUACACGGCCGCUACAUAUCUGCUACAAACUUCCUCCACCGCUGUCAAUAGAUGUAUUUCUAGAAGUUGAAUCACAUGGGUUGUCUCCUUUUGAAUUGGAGGCAACAAAGCCGGGGUUCGGUAUGAACUGCGAGUCCAGGUAUGGCUUAUUUCUAAUAUUUAAGCACGACUCCAACCCAUCGCCACCGUUGUGGAUAUCGUCACAUCCGAGCUUCUGCCUGAGCAUUCCACAUAGUCUGCUCGUAUUCCCCGCCUAUGAUGAGACUUGGAUAGAAAAGACAGCUGACAUUGGUGAUGUAACUUUUCGUGCACGCACAACCGCGGUGAUCCUCUGCAUCACGGAGGGCGGCUGGAGUAACUGCAUCGCCAAUGUCUCUGGUGUGUGUAUUAUGUUUAUGCUAUCUACUGUUGUAGAAGAAAAGGCUGGUGAAGUCACGGACAAAGCAGUAUUAUUUGCUAUAGCAGUGGAAUCUCCGCGGUUUCGCGACCGAUUAGACAGCCUACAUGGAAACAAACAAAGCUAUUCGUUCAAUAGCAUCGACAAUAAAACUUGCCCCAUGGCCUCUGUCGAUACAUCAACGCUCUGCGAAUCUCACGACGACUUUUGGAACAAGCGACGAGACUCUCAUCCUAUGAAGGUUUUGGAAGAAGAGACAGAGCAAUAUCUGAAAGAGUCUGUUUUACUUGACAAUUGGGAAAGCCAUCGCUUUUGUCCAAAGGUCUUCAUGUUGCGGUGGGAUGCUGCGAUGCGAGGUAUCCAGGGUUUAAGGACGUCCGUGUGGCUUGCAUAUCCUACGACUCAGGGUCCACGCCGAGUCAUUGAACUAUUAUAG